AUGUCAGACUCCGCCAUCUGCACCCACGCCACCACGCCUCCCAUCCUCAUCAACACAACCAACCUCUCCGGCCAGAUCUGCGGCGCCAACAUCCGCCCGUCGACGGCAUCAACAGUGUCCUCCUCCGGCUUCUCCAUCGCAACCUGCUGUGAUGAAGGCGCGGAGGUGCGUGUUCAGGACGACUGCACUCAGUUUUGCAAGUACGGCUUGACUGAGGUGGAUUUCCGGCGCUGCGUGGCGGGAUUGUUUGAUGGUAGACCGAAGACAGGGCUGGAUGUUUAUUGUGAGGCUGUGGAUGAGGGGAUUGGUGGGGGAGGGGGUAGUAGUAGUGGUGGUGUGAGUUGGAGUUCGAUGGUGACGGAGACGGUGGCCAGCACACCGACGGAGGUGCCAACGAUGGUCGAAUCAACCGUAAUGAGCGCAGAACCGGCGCCUCCAAGUGAAACUGGUGCGGCGAGCCACUUGCCGAGUUCAAAGAUGGCGGUUGGGAUAUUAGGUGCGGUGAUGGCAGUUCUUGGAUUUUGA